AUGAAUGCUGACAAAAACAAGGCUCGUACCCGUGGUGGUGGUAGUGGUGGUGGUGGUGAAAAUGCUAAAAGGAUUCAAGCCCCACCACUUGACUCUGUUCAUAAGCCACCCCAAGUUCCAGAGACAAUUGAUGUUCCUGAAGUUGAGAAGAUCAAGAAGAUGCAACUCUCUCUUCAAGAAGAAGAUGUUAUUAAGUGGAUUCCUUCUAAAGAUGGUAAGUUUACUGUAAAGAGUGCAUAUAAUAAACUCAUGGAAGAUAGGGUUCAUCAACAGGCAACUUUAAAUGUUGUGCCCAAAGCGGUUUGGAAGGAACCAUGGAAGAUAAAGCUACCACAUAGAGUUAAGUUGUUUAUCUGGAAGUGUUUAAAAGGUGACUGCACAGGGUUCAAAGGAACCUAUGCAACUGGAGUAAUUGAUGAUGUGACUGGAGAAUGCAUGGCAGUACUAGAAGGUUUAAAGUGGGCUAAAGCCAUGGAGUUGGACAUCAUUCAUUUAGUUGUUGAUGCUGAAGUUGUUAUUAAUUCUAUUAAUAAUUAUCCAUCACUUGUAAGAUGGGAAAAAAAGAGCUCUUCAAUCCUUUCAGCAGUAACUCGCUCAUCAGGCUCGGUUGCUGAUAAGUUGAUCAAUAACGUUAAUCAUGACUUGUCAUCAUUUGCACAUAAUCGGACCAGUUUUCCUGCUGGUUUCAUUUUCGGCACAUCUUCAUCUUCUUAUCAGUAUGAAGGUGCAGCGAGUAAAGAUGGUAGAGGACCAAGUAUUUGGGAUACUUGGACUCACAAAUUUCCUGAAAAGAUAAGCGAUGGUAGCAAUGGGGAUGUGGCAGUUGAUUCUUAUCAUCGUUACAAAGAAGACGUGGGAAUCAUGAAAGAAAUAGGAUUGGAUGCGUAUAGGUUUUCUAUUUCUUGGUCGAGACUCUUACCAAAUGGAACAUUAAGUGGAGGAGUGAAUGAACGAGGCAUCACUUAUUACAACAACCUCAUCAAUGAACUACUCUCUGGAGGGCUUCAUCCUUAUGCCUCAUGGUUAACCUUAUUCCAUUGGGAUCUUCCACAACCCCUGGAAGAUGAGUAUGGUGGUUUUUUGAGUCCUCGCAUUGUGGAUGAUUUCAAGGAUUAUGCAGAGUUAUGUUACAAAGAAUUUGGUGAUAGAGUGAAGCACUGGAUCACUUUUAAUGAACCUUGGACAUAUAGCACUAUUGCGUAUGCAGUAGGCCGAUUUGCACCAGGUCGAUGCUCAAAAUGGGUAGCAAACUGUAGUCUUGGUAAUUCUGGUACUGAACCAUACAUAGUGGCUCACCACCACCUUCUUGCUCAUGCAGUGGCUGCUAACCUUUACAAACACAAUUAUAAGAUAACUCAGAAGGGAAACAUCGGAAUAACAUUAGGGAGUAAUUGGAUGGUGCCUAUCUCCAGUUCCAAAUUGAACCAAGAUGCUGCAUUCAGGGCCCUUGACUUUAUGUAUGGGUGGUUCAUGGAUCCAUUGACCUACGGAAAAUAUCCACACAGCAUGAGAUCACUGGUUGGAGAUCGACUACCGAAAUUCUCAAAAGAUGAAUCAAAGUUAGUCAAAGGAUCGUGUGACUUCAUCGGAGUGAAUUACUACACGGAAAAUUAUGUAGAACAUGUUCCUUCCACAGAGAACACUAACGUGAUUCCAAGUUACAUGAACGAUGCUCAAACUAAGCUCACCACACAGCGGAAUGGAAUCCCAAUUGGUGCUAAGUCAGGGUCACCUUGGUUGUAUGUGUACCCACAAGGAUUCAGAAAACUGCUCCAUUACACGAAGAGAAAGUACAAGAAUCCAAUUAUAUAUAUCACGGAAAAUGGAAUAUCAGAAUCGAAUGAUCCUAAUUUAUCACUGGAGGAAGCAUUGAAGGAUGAUUUGAGGAUUAUGUACUUCGAUCACCAUCUUUUUUACCUUCAAAAGGCCAUCAAGGAGGGAGUUGAUGUGAGAGGAUACUUUGUUGGAGAAAAUGAGAUCUAA